AUGGCGGCCAGAAAGCUACAAACCGAAAUCGACCAGGCCCUGAAGAAAGUCGCCGAAGGUGUCGAGGUCUUUGAGACCACAUACGACAAGAUGCAAGCAUCCAAUAACGCUGCUCAGAAAGAGAAGCUGGAGGCAGCGCUGAAGAUCCAAAUCAAGAAACUGCAGCGACUACGGGACCAGAUUCGCGCGUGGGUAGCGAGCAGCGACAUCAAGGACAAGACGCAGCUGCUCGACAACCGGCGGCUGAUAGAAACGCAAAUGGAGAAAUUCAAGGCCUGCGAGAAGGAGGUGAAGAAGAAGGCCUUCUCGAAUGUCGCGCUCGGGGAGGCGGUCAAGCUCGACCCGAAGGAGCAGGAGAUGAUCGAGGCAGUUUCGUGGCUGGACACGCAAUUGGAGAAGCUCCAGAUGCAGGUCGAGGCAGCUGAGGCGGAGGUCGAAAACCUGUUAGGCGCGCAGAAGAAGAAAGCGAAGUCGGGCUCGGCUACUGCGACACGACUAGACGACCUUGAUCACCUCAAUGGACGACGAAAGUGGCACAUUAGUCGACUUGAAAUCGUCCUGCGUAUGCUGAAUAACGGCACUCUGGACCCAGAACAGGUUAUGGCGCUGAAGGAGGACGUGCAUUACUUUGUUGAGACGAACAUGGAGGAAGACUUUACCGAAUACGAGGGCAUUUAUGACGAACUCAAUCUUGACGAGGAGGAAGAGAAGUUCCGAGGCGCUCUAGAGGACACAACGCAUGAUAGCGAUGACGAGUCCGAGUUUGUCGAUGAACCAGCGCCGUCGACUCGACCUGUAGCGAAGAAGGCGUCAGAGGAUAACAGCAAACGAGCCGAAAGCCCAAUCCUCAAGAAGUCUGCCGUUACACCAAGAAGUGCGUCGCCGUCUGGCUUUAUAUACCAUGCUGACAUUCACCCACAGAACAAUCUGACGGCACCCAAACCACCAGCAGCUUUCAACGUGCAACCCAUGUCGAGUUUACUCAAAUCUGCACCAAAACCGGCAGCGGCACCGUUACCGAUACGGGGUUACUCUGCUGCAGUACAGCAUCAACCUCCAGCGCCACCAGCGCCACCAAAGCCGGUACCCGCUCCUGUACAAGCGAAAGCGACGACAUCAACAACGGUGCCGCCACCAUUACCGACAGCUUCGACCUUGGAUACGCCUUCUUCGCCAAGCAUGACACAUCCAUCUGCCGCAAGCCCAAUGUCGUCUUAUGCUUCGGUAUCGGUCUCGCAAGGGGAACGCGAAAGCUCGUUCUAUGAGUCACCAGCGUUGUCGGAGGCAGUUGCGGCACCAGUCGCGAUUUCUUCGCCCAAAGGCUCUAUUGCUUCGUUACCUCGAAUACCGUCUCCUCCGAGUGCUUCGGAACCGCUUGUGGAGCCAAUAUCCCGACAACCAAGCGAAGAUUCAGAAGUUGAUGUUCCGCGGUUCCCGCCGGGCGUGGCUGUUGCGAGCGACCCUCCCGCAAUCGCUCCAUCAACAUCGACAUCUUCUGCAAUUGGCUCGCAUCGACAACCACAAGCGCAGGCGAAUGGUCAUACGGCAGCGGCACCUCCAGUUGCGACAACGCCGAUAACGACGUCGACCGUGCAGCCCAGCUCGUUCCCGCCAGGUUUGGCCGAUUUGGUAUUACCGUUUGAGAGGGCCAAGCAACGAGCGAGUCAGCGGAUGCAAGAUGUCGAGACGCUGAACAAGUACCUCACAAACGGUCUUUCGAGUAUCCCACAACCGCAAGAUACCCUCAAACCGAAGUACUAUAUGCCGCGCAAUCCGUUUCCGACCGCAUCGUAUUACCCGCAAGCCCCACUUGCCCUGCUCAACAACAAGGCGCUGUAUUCGCAAAUCGAUGUCGAAACACUCUUUUAUAUCUUCUACUUCGUGCCCGUGUCUUACCCCAAAUACCUCGCCGCCGAAGAGCUCAAGCGGCAGUCGUGGCGCUUCCACGUCAAGUACCUGACGUGGUUCCAGCGGCACUCGGAGCCGCAGGCGAUCACGGAGGAGUACGAGCAGGGCGUGUAUGUCUACUUCGACUGGGAGGGCUCGUGGUGCCAGCGCAAAAAGAGCGACUUCCGGUUCGAGUACCGCUAUUUGGCGGAGGACUAA